GUGUUUUCCAGGCACGGCUGAGUAACCUCUUAUAAGCUGUACAAACUUUGCGCACAUAAAGGACACGUUAUGACACGUCGAUUGAGUUUAGGGCAAACCACAGAAUUCUACACUUAUAGAAGCGGAACUCCCUCUUCGCGAUCGCCGAUUCGCUGUGAGGAAUUGAAACUAAAACAUGGCGUGUAGAAUUCUGUGGGGCAAACCCAAAGUUAGCCUCUUACAGCUUACACUUACAGGUUUAUCCUGCGUGGUGAAAUCCUUCCGCGCCGAAAAUAUUUGGAGCAGGCAGCGCAUAGAGACAGAGAGCGUACAAUAGCCACGCACCGCAGAGAAACAGGCAGGAUAAAGAGAGCGAGAAAGAGAGAGAGAUCCCCGGAGUGACCAACCGAAAGUCAACACAUUCCAGUACAACGGAUUGAACGAUGUCUGGCUCAAAGACAAGUCCGGCAGUGACUCUCAUGCUGCUUGGAACUGCUGGACACGGGAAGACGGCAACAGCUGCCAGUUUGGUUGGCAGUCCGAGCAAUGAGAUGAUCUAUGAUUAUGAACCUGUCUACCAGGCUCAAAACCCUGGACACGAUCCGUCCACACAAAGCGGCGGUGACAAGAUGAAAGGAAAGAAGUCAGCGAAAGGCCUUUCGGUACCUGAAACGUCUGGGUCUAGCGCUGCGAAAAAACAACCUUCGGCAAAUGAUGAGGCUGUGGAUCAGAUCGCGAACGAUAUGACCACAGAUGUCGUCAGAGCUGGAAGUUUCACUUCAAGGGAUGGCGCCCUUACCGUGAAUGUCUUAGAUUCUCCUGGGCUUUUUGAUUCAAGUGAUACGGAUAAAAUUCUAGCAACCAAAGUAGCUAUAAGUAACAUCGAAAAAGGAAUCAAGCUGAGCGGGCACGGAGUCAACGCAUUUGCUAUUGUCCUUCGGUACGCUGCUCGGUACACUGAAGAAGAACAGGCAGUGGUCCACAAUUUGGAGACGAUAUUUGGUUCUGAUUUUUUCCCACGUCACGUCAUUCUAAUUUUCACCCGCGGGGACGACUAUCGAUUGAAAAGCAAAGGCGCACCGUUCAGCGAAUGGUGGUCAAAGCAGACAGGCGCUCUGGGAAAGCUUAUCCAACGUUGCAAUAACAACUGUUUGCUUUUUGAAAACGUUAGGGGUACUCCAGAAACUGAUGAGGAACAAAAAAACGAACUAUUGAGAGUCCUUUCCAAAAUGACAAGAGUGUACACCACAAAAGACUACAACGAAACAAAGGUAGGGCGUGAGACACUUUUGUCCGAAGCCAAAGUUGCUAAGAGAGUUUCAGAUUUUGAAAGGCAACGAGACAAGAUAAUGCAAGACUUUUUCAACGCCGAGAGGGAACACGGACGGAAGAAGGAAGAAAUGCUCGAGAAAGUUCACCAUGACGUCCACCACCUGAUGGCUAGAGCACACAAAGACGACAGAGCUGCCUGGCAAAGAGAACUGCGGGAAAUUGAGAAAGUUGUAAACAAAGUCACCUCUGGCGGGGAUACUGUGCAAAAAGGCCCUGCAACGCCAACACAAAAGGCUGGGAAGAGCUAAGCUGAUCCUACCUC